AUGGCCUCCUCGUGCCUCUCGAAUGCCUCUGUAUCUUCCUUCAACCCUAAACAAGACCCCAUCCGCCGCCACCGCUCGCCUGCUCUCCUCCGCCACCGUCCCUUCGUCGUCUCCUGCACCUCUUCCGCGAAAGCCGCCGAUGGAACCGCCAGCAACAACAGCACUCCGAUCGAGACCGCCGUCAAGCCACGCCGCACCGAGGAUAACAUUCGUGACGAGGCUCGUCGCCACCGCUCCACCGCCGUGAAUCCGUUUUCAGCUAGGUACGUUCCGUUCAAUGCGGCGCCUGGAUCCAACGAGUACUACUCUCUCGACGAGAUCGUGUACCGUAGCCGCUCCGGCGGUUUGCUCGAUGUGGAGCACGAUAUGGAGGCUCUGAAGCGAUUCGAUGGAGCUUACUGGAGAGAUCUCUUCGAUUCGCGAGUCGGCAAAAGCAUUUGGCCGUAUGGAUCGGGCGUAUGGUCGAAGAAAGAGUGGGUUCUUCCCGAGAUCGACGACGACGACAUCGUUUCGGCCUUCGAAGGAAACUCCAAUCUCUUCUGGGCGGAGAGGUUUGGUAAACAGUUUCUCGGAAUGAACGAUCUGUGGGUGAUCUCUUCGAUUCGCGAGUCGGCAAAAGCAUUUGGCCGUAUGGAUCGGGCGUAUGGUCGAAGAAAGAGUGGGUUCUUCCCGAGAUCGACGACGACGACAUCGUUUCGGCCUUCGAAGGAAACUCCAAUCUCUUCUGGGCGGAGAGGUUUGGUAAACAGUUUCUCGGAAUGA